UUCGCCCUUCCUGUUUCCCACUCUCUGUGCUCUCUUUUUCUCCCCUCGCACGCUAGGGAACUGAACAGAAGCAGCUUUGCGUCUGUUCAGCAGCUGAUUUUGAGUUUCCUCCUCUAGUUCCUGACCUGUGGCGUCUCACCAGACAUCAGGAUGAGUGGGAAUCCCUUCCAGAACAAGAUGCAAACCAAGAUGGAGAAGGCAAAGACUAUGAGUGACGAGGAGAAGUAUUACACUCAUAAGGGAGUGCUGUACCCGACCCUCAUGUGUCCAGAAGAACAUAUGAAGUGUAUCGUCGACAUGAAGGCUAGAGAGGAUGAUGUCAUGCUGGUGGCAUAUCCUAAAUGUGGUUUUAACUGGAUGGUUGGUGUUCUGAGGAGAAUCAUUGAAGAAGGCACAGGAAGGAAGCUUGAAGGCAAGGCUCCCCCACUGAUCGAGUUUCUAGGACCAGAUCUCUUACAGCUGGUGGACCAAGCUCCGUCUCCGAGGUUGAUGGGAACUCACCUUCAUCCUGACAGCAUUCCUGCAUCCUUCAAAGAGAAGAAACCAAAGACCAUGGUGAUCUUCAGGAACCCAAAAGACACUCUGGUCUCCUACUACCAUUUCUGCAACAACAACGUGGUUCUGCCUUCAGUGAAGUCCUGGGACUCUUUCUUUAAGGACUUCAUGACUGGAAAUGUUGCAUGGGGGUCGUACUUUGAUCAUGCCUUGGCCUGGGAGAAGAGGAUGGAUGAUCCAGAUGUUCUGCUGGUCAUGUAUGAAGACUUGAAACAGGAUCUGGACGCAGGAGUCCGACAGAUAUGCACCUUCUUCGGCUUCGACCUAAUGGAUGAUCAGGUGCAGAAGAUCACUGCAGCCAGUAGCUUCAGUGCCAUGAAAGAGAACUCGAUCAACUCCCACGGCAGCAAAAGCAUCGGAGACGUCAUCUUCAGGAAAGGUGAAGUCGGAGACUGGAAGAACCACUUUACUCCAGAACAGAGUCAGGAGAUGGACGAGGCUUUCACCAAACAUUUGGGAGGAACGAAGCUGGGAGCCAAACUGAACUAUGAUCGUUACUGUAAAUAAACAAGAAAAGAAGAAGAGCGACGGGAGGAGAAGGUCUGAUGUUGAUCAGGGUGGAAAACAGAAUGAGGCUCAAAAAGGGAGAAGAUCCGUCAAAGUUGUAUUUUAAUCAAUUAAUAAAAUGAAUAUUAAUAUAAUUAAUAAAAUUUAGUUUGGUUCUAACAUACUUUCACAAACUUGUCCAAAACUGAGAUUAAAACUUCCUCAGUGCUAAGAAAACAUUCAGUCUCACAUUUGUUCCAUUUCCAUAUUUUCUUCAGAUGAUAUUAUUUACCUCUACAUGUGAAUAAUUUUAACAACGAUGUAAAUGAAAGGACUUUACUGCCAUGUCUGUGGAAUCUGUCUGAAAUUUUUAAAUGUUUCUUGGUCUCGUUUUCCAGCUGUCGUUCAGUUUGUAGGUUCUUCCAGGUUUAUUUUUUAUUAAUGAUGAAUGGAGUUUUGUACUUGGCCGCAUGUCUUGAAUGAUGAUUUGAUUGUGACUCUUAUUUUAGUCUUGUGUUUUGUUGUACUCCCUGUUUAGCACUUUGGUCUCAUGCUGUUUUCAAAUGUGAUGCAGAGAUAAAAUUGGAACAAGUAACCAUUAGAGCCCACAUUGUCAGAGUUAACACACAUCACUCAACAUCGGUCAUUUUUGCCUCUCUGCUGUUCCUCUGCUUCAUCCAAGCCCCUCCCUCUCACGUCGCACAGCACCCGCAGAAAGUGCCUGUAAUUUUGGUCAUUAACGGGGGAGCAGACCUGGUCCUUGAAGGCCAUUCUAUGUCAAGUUCAGAUUCAAUAGUUCAAAUUUGAGGCAUAUCUCCGUCAGCCUAUCUCCAUAAUGGCAUUGGGUGUGUACGUCAUGAUGCAGACAUAUAAAUUGGGCUUAAUGAGACAGAGAACGCAAGCUUGUGAUUGGUCAGGAUGCCGCUUUUAUCAACAGCACUGCCAUUGCGCCCUCAAAAACAAAGAUAUCGAGCGGGCAGACACAGAGCAGAUUGAAGAAUACCUCGUGGAAACUCUAAAAAAUAUGAAUGUUUAUUCACUCUUGACUGGAGAAGUAAAAAGAUAAAUACAGUGUGUUUUUGCUACCCAAGGCCAUAUUAUACUACAGGGUGGGCCAUUUAUAUGGAUACACCUUAAUAAAAUGGGAAUGGUUGGUGAUAUUAA